AUGGCGGCUGCAAAGUUGAUUAUAUUGUCAUGUUUAGUGGCGGUUUUUGGAUAUUUUACCUACAAGGAGCUACAGGUUAACACGCUCAGUUUGACCAAGAAAAUUCAUAUACCAGCCAAGCGGUCAGAUGUGUUCCAGAAAAUGUUCGACGAUCCUGAAUUUUACCUUAAAAUCCAUCCAUUAUGGUACGUCUCAGUUUUGGUUCCUUCAUCAAAUUAUUUCAGUACUCCUUUCUAUAGUCGCGAGGUAUCUUUCGUGUACUACUUGCCCAACUUGUUUUUAAUAUCACUGAUUUUGCUUAUGUCCUUUGGUUUUCAAAAGCCACGGUGCAGGUGCGAGUUUAGCCUGCUUCUGUCCCUAGUGCGAGUUCGACAGAAAAACAAAAUUUUAGUGACCCGAAUUUGAAAUGCGUGACUGCAUAUGAAGAAUUUUUGUGGUUAUGAAUUUCAACAUUUCAGUCAUGACAUGACCUAAGGCAACCUGUUGUGGAUUUGAUUUAAAAACUGUGGGCUAUAAUUAUUGCUAAUAAUUGAUUCCCUAAACGUCUUUACUCUACGUUGUAUUGCAGCACUGGUGUUAGCAACAUUGUCAGAUUCAAAGACAAUGAAGGACGAAGAGUUGUUCAGUUUGAUAUCCACGAGAAGGCAGUACUAUUAGGAUUCUAUGACACUGGCAACAUUACAUUUCAAAUUACGACUAAUGCAUCAGUCAAUUCCACCUGCGCCCAGCCCCCCCCCCGGGCAACUGCGGGGCAUUUGCCCGCCUUGUCAGUCCCGGGAGUGGGGCAUUUGCAAAUGUUGCACUGCCUGGGGGCCGGGCAUUUGCGAACCCCCGGGCCAAUCCCGAGCUUUUGACACGCACGCGGUUUCCUAUCAGAAUAUAAGGUUUUACUGGAAGAAAAGCAGAUUGGCUCAUUUGUCAAGGACGGAAAUAAAUUGUAGAGGGUUGUAAAGGCAUGUUCUCGAUUUAAAAUGUAUGUAUGCAUUUCUUCAUUGCUUAUCAAGCUAGCAUUACGUAGCGAAAUUGGAGCUAUCGAUGUGAAUCAACGUUUUUUGGUUAUUGAAUCAAAUUUCUGUUGAUAUUAUUUGAAGAACAUCCUUUCUUAUUUAUAAAACUAUUCAUAACAUAUAACUUUACAGCGCUCUAUUAAUUUUAAUGUCAAUAAUUUUAUACCAAUACUAAAACCAUAUUAAAACUGGUGCAAGCCGUCGCGGCGUGAAGUCUUAAUUAGAAUCCUCGCGCUAUUACAAAGGAAGACGUUAAUUAAACCAAAAAAAUCGCACAUUAAAAUGCUUAAAACGGCACUAUUUGUCUGUGCGAUCAAUGAAAAAUGUUGCAGUUUUGACGGAGGACGGGGCAUUUGCUCUCUUUUUUCGUCCCCACCCCGGGGAAUUUGACAGCUCAAGAGUCCCCACCCCCGGGAAUUUGCCAUCCAAGGCAAAAAAAAUGCUAAUGCCCGGGGGUCAGCCCGGGGGGGGCCUGGGCGCAGGUGGAAUUGACUGAUGCAUAAGGAGAAAGAGAAGAACACUGCUACCCAAACUACAGCCUCUUUGAUGAACGGAAUGUUGCAAAUCAAUCAAGAAUUCCACAUGUCGGAUUCUGAUGGUCGAACUCUGCUGGAAGACCAUGCAUCAUAUACAGCACCUCGUAUUCUUGCAAGAAUUGCUUUAAGCGAAGCACAUUCAGCACACUCUGCUAUACUUGAAAAUACUAGACAACAAUUCAUGAAGCUUUCACUCCAGCAUAGAGGGGGGUUCCGUAAUUACAGUUGA